AUGCACGUCCUCAAGGAGUUAUUACGAGUGUAUACCCUUGUUAGUCUUCUACUGUGUCUUGGUUUUGCAGCCCCAGUCAUAGAAUCAGACUAUGGCCAAAAGAUGCUACAGUCCAAGCUUGGCGCUGCCUACAAUGAUAGCGCCAUGGUUAUGGUCUUAAGCAGCUUUGUCGCGCAUCUGUGGGCUUACAAUUGGGACAUGUUCGCCAAUGGCAUUCUUCCGCCUGGCGUCGAGUUCGUUCCAAUGCUCUGGGGGGCCAAGAUGUUCAGCGGCUGGCAUGAGGCUAUCGAGGUCGCUCUCGCCAGCGGAGCCCGAUAUAUACUUGGUUUCAAUGAGCCAGACAGUCCUUCGCAGGCCAAUCUGACUCCUCUGGAGGCCAUGGUAUAUUAUAAGGAGUACAUCUCCCCCUACUCCAGCAAGGCCAAACUUGUUUCUCCAGCCGUGACUAACAGUGGUCUGAACUGGAUGCGAUCGUUUAUGAGUCUUUGCCAUGACUGCGAUAUCAGUAUUAUGGCAGUGCAUUGGUAUGGUGACACAGCUGAGGACUUUAAGACAUUCGUGACCGAAGCCAUUGAGACCUCUCAGCAAUACAACAUCCCCGAGAUCUGGAUUACCGAGUUUGCAUUGACCAGCGCCAUUAACGGCGGCGACCCAUCUGACUCCAUCAAAUUCCUGCGAGACGUUAUUCCAUGGCUCAAUUCUCAGAAAGCUGUGGGUCGAUUCGCAUACUUCAUGUGUGCCGAAGGCUUUUUGUUGGAAGGGGAAAGCCUCGGUGUUGUCGGGAAAGCCUACACUGCUUCCCAUAGACUUUGA